GAUUAUCCUUAUGAAUCAGUAUUUCGUAAGUAUGGUUUAAAGUUGGUUACGAUUACUUUAUAUGAAGUAAGCCGUGAAUUCUUACAAAAUGCUGAUGAUGCAGGAGCCAAAAAUUUUCGUGUUACAGUUGACGAGCGUUCAUUUAAUCAAAAUGAAUCUUUAUUAACUAAAGGAAUGGCAAUCUGGCAAGGUCCAGCAAUUUGGAUAUAUAAUGAUGCAAUGUUUAAUGAACAUGAUUUUAAUUCUCUACUUAAUAUUCAUGAGGGUGGAAAGCGUGAUGAUUCUACAAAGAUUGGAAAAUUUGGAAUUGGAUUUAAUUCAUGCUUUCAUUUUACUGAUGUUCCUAGUUUUGUCAGCGGUGAAUACAUCUCAUUUUUAGAUCCACAUGAAAAAUUUCUUCCAAAGAAGCUUGGUAUACAAAUUAAUUUUCUUAAAAAUGAAAAUUUUAGAGAGUUGUUCAAUGAUCAAUUAGCGCCAUAUAUUGGGAUAGAAGGCUGUAGAUUUGACAAAGAAUAUAAAGGAACAUUAUUUAGACUUCCACUUCGUGUCUGUCAAAGCGAAAUUUUUAGAAAAUUAGCCAAAACUUUACAACCCGAUCAAACUGUAUCUUUAUGGAAAAUCGAUAUGACUAAUAAUCCUACCGAAGUUCAGGAAAAAAGGCAUCAUACAAACGAAGAAUUUACUUCAUUUUGUUUAAAUAUAGAAUUUCAAGAUGGGACUAAGAAAAGUUCCAAGUUAUGGCAAGUGUGCAUUGGAGGAAUUUCUGUUGAGUCUGCAGAACUAUCUAGAUUAGCAAAAUAUCAUAGAAUGUUAUUACGAGGAGGUGUUGCUGCUUCACUUCCUUCACGUUCAACUGAAAAAGCAUUGGAUGGACGGUUAUAUUGUUAUUUACCUUUACCUCAAGUGACACAUCUACCAGUACACCUUAAUGGCGAUUGGGCAGUAUCAUCAGAUAGAUCCACCAUCCUUUUAGAUGAUGAUUCAUUGGCUGAAAUGGAUAAAUCGAAGUUAUCAUGGAAUAGGAAUUUGCUAUUAGAAGUUUUGCCAAAGAUAUAUGCCAACUUUUUAGUGGAUGUUGUAGAUUAUUUAAUCAAAAAUGACAUCAAUCACAAGCAGAUAUUGGAAUAUUUCUGGCCUUUACCACAUAGCAAAGUUUCCGCUUACGUCAUUGAAUUUGGGAGGAAAGUUCUCAAAAAUCUUCCAAUAGAUAAGCCUCUCUUUCGAUCAGCUAAUGGAAAUGGGUCAUAUGUCUCUUUGCAAGAGUCGUUCUUUGACAGCGAAGAGUUUAUUAUCAAAAUACUUUCUGAAUAUAGUGAUGUGAAAAGUGUUCAUUUAUCAUCCAAAAUGUUGGAUGAUUUAAAAAAUGUUGGUGUUAAAUGGGCUCCGAUCCCCGCAAAACUUGUUAGAGAAAACCUCCGGAACAUUGAUCUUUCACUCAAGUUUAACUAUGACCAAUUGAUUAAAUUGUUACUAUUUAUUUUAGAAGAUAAUGACUAUGAAGAUUUAUAUGAUAUAAAUUUAAUUCCACUUGCUGAUAAGAGUUGCGGAACAUUUGGUAAACAAUUCAGAUAUAUUGCUACAACAGAAGAACGUAAUUUGGUACCAAAGGCAAAUUUAUCUAAUUUUGUUAACGAUAAAUAUCGUAAAAAUCAUAAAUUAAAAGAAAUUUUUGAAGAUAUUGAAUUUCAACGAAAAACCAGUAUAAGGAGAUUUGAUGCUGCAUCUCUUGGAUUACUAUUAAAGUUUGAAAUUCCAUUUGGGAAAAAAAUAACAAAUUGGAAUCCUAAAUCAACUGCCAUUCCCAAUAAAAUUUGGCUAGAUAAAAUUUGGAAAUUUAUUUUGGAAUCAAAUGCUAGUUUAGAUAUAUUUUGGGAAUAUCCACUGUUGGAAGUUGUACGUCCAACAAAAGAGUUGACAUUUUUAGAUUCGAGACAACCCUUAAUGGAAUUACCUAAAAACGAUAUGAUGCAUUAUGAAGAUUUAGUUAAUAUACUUGAAACUUUAGAAAUUAGAUUUACUGAUCGUUCUUGGGAUGAAAAACUAAGUGACUAUAUUUAUAAAUGGACACCAGAAGCCGUUUUAAAAUCAUUCUGUAUUGCAGAUCAAAAUGGAAAAAACUUUGAUUUUUUAAAUAAUAAAUUUAAGGCUAAGGUUGUAAGAAAGUUUAUUGUUGAGAAUUGGAAUAAUUUUAGUUUAAACAAUGGAACAUUAGUUAAAGAUGAAUUUAAAGGCAUUCUAAGUAAGUUACCAGUUUGGCCUACUUUAUGCGGACAACAAUUUGCGAGUCCAGUUAAUGGAUUCCUUCCACCAGAUGAUAUUGAAAUAAAUUCAAAAAAUCAUCCGAAUAAGUUAUUCCUUAACGCUAGAAAUGAAUCUUUUAAAAAGAUACUAAAAGCAUUGGAUACUCCUUACAUAAACCUUACUAAUUAUUUACAAAAAUAUUAUGUGAUCCCAAGAGAAAAUAACGAAAAUCAUAUUAAAUUCAUCAAAAGUGUUUUAAAAUCGAAAGAAUUCAAUCAAAUUGUAAGUUGGAUCAAAGAUAAAGAUAUUUUUCCAAACAGAAAAACGAAGAAACUCAGAAAUGCAAGAAAUCUUUAUGAUUAUAGAAUUCAAUUAUUUCAAAUCACUUUAGAAGACUCCGAUCUAUUUCUUCACGAUGACAUUCAAAAUGAUAGUUAUUGUUUUGAAAUAAUUAAAACUAUAGGAUUUAAAUAUGAAAUAAACCAGCAAACGUUUCUCGAAUGUGCGAGAACAAUUGCAAAGUAUACAUACGAUCGAAGACCUCCGAACAAUUUAAUAUAUCGUGCUACAACUAUAAUCAAUUAUCUUUACGAUAACAUAGAUGAACUUGGAUUUUCUGAUGUAGAAUGGAAUGGUGAAUUGACAUCUACAUCGUUCGUUCCAACUGAAAUGUCUAUUGAAUCUCCUUAUUCAUCAAAUGCAAAGAUCCCAAGAAAAUUCGAAUGCUUUGCCUUUACGCAAAUGGCAAUAUUUCAUAAUAAUGUAGUUCCAAGUCCUACUUCCUCAAUAUUCACAAAGUUUAAGAAUUUUGGAAAACCAAGUGCCACCAAGGUUCUUGAUCAUUUACGUGAAGUUACCUCGGAAAUAAUAAAAUCUGAUCAAUGGGUGUUUGAAGAACGACUUUUAAGAAGAAUUGUUGAUGAUAUCUAUACUACACUUAAUGAAGAAUGUAAAGAAAAUAAUCUUACGGAGUCGGAUUUCUAUGAAGGUGAAACAAUUUUUUUAAACAUAUAUUCUAAUGAAAAUAUCCUUGAAGAAUUAAAUUGGGUAUCGGCAGACAAACUAAUUAUUGGCGCUAGCCGAUUGGAUCAAAGUUUUGUCAAACCUAGUCUUGCAAAAUACGAAAUGUUAUUAAAAACUGCGGGGGCUAGCAAAAUAAGGAGGCCUAACAUUUAUGACUAUAUUCAAGUUAAACAAAAAAAUGAAGAUAAAAAUUCAAAGGCAGAAAAUCUUGUAAAGUCACUUCAACAAUUAUUAGAAGAUGAAUCCUGUAUUCUUAAUGAUGUGAUAUUUUCUGUAGACUUUGAUAAUUUUAGUCCGGAAUUGCAAGAAAAGUGGAAUAAUUUUACUAAUGAAUAUGGUGAAAUUCGUGCAAAUAGAUAUGUACUUGCAGCAGCUUCAAACCACUUCAAAAUUACAUUUUCAAGUGAUUAUAGAGAUGGAGACCCAUAUAAAGAAGCAAGAAUUCUUGCGUGUGACAUUAAUCCUGAAUCAUUUAAAGUUCUGUUAAGAUAUCUAUAUGGUAUGCCACUUGAUACGGCUAUUAAUCUUACAAAAGGUAAUUCAGAUAGCCUUAAUAAUAAUAGAAAUGAAGAUGAUUACGAUGAUUAUUACAAUAGGAUAGACAAGGAGAUUGUUAAAGAAAAAGAAAGACAAUUAACUAUUCUAAAAGAUUUUUUAAAAGCAUCGGAUUAUUAUGAAAUAGCUGACUUGAAAAAGGAAGCGAUAGAGAAAAUUAUCAGCGAUGGCUGUGUUGAACGGUUUAAUGCAGACGAUCUUCUUGAAUAUGCUGACACACAUAAUGCUGAUUUGCUUGUUAAAUACUGCAAUGAAUUUAUUGAAUUGAAUAGUAAUUUAAUGUAA